CACCGUUCGUUGCACAGCUCGCACGUCUCUCACGAGGAGAGAGCCCCUCCAGAAAGUACUAAGCUAACGCGCGCGCGAACGUCUCCCAGUUGUCAGACGAUCCCUAAUAUUGGCUGGAAUUAACAGCUAGGAAGUGUAAUGCCAGCGAAUGCCAGCACGUCUGGCCAAUUGUGGGCCAUUGGAACGUGAUUUAUGUGGGUCAGGCAGCUGCCGCAGUUCCGCGAGCAGUUCCGAUCGAGUGCCCUAGAGCUACUUAGGAAUAGCAAACAGCCCCUGCCAGAACCCCCCGCUGUGAACCAACCAAUGCCGGCUGAUAACCACCCAACAGCGGAGCAGUGAUAAGAGCGCCAUUUGAGUGGAGUGCCGAGCGGCGCCAAGUCGUAAAUUAAGUGAUUUCGGGCCAGAGAAUUCGCAAAACUGCAAACGAAACUGAAACUGAAACUGAAACUGAAUGGCACGUAUCACAAUAAUUAGUUUAUAAUCACUAAUCAAGACAAAUAUUAAAUAAACAACAAAUUAAUAUGGCAAAACGGCCUGAGAGCCCUGAGGAGGCAGGCGGGGAUCUGGAGUUGCCGCUGUUGUCGCAGCAGGACCGGAGUCAGCGGAGGAGCGGCACAAUUCCUGUGUGCAUCAUGCACAACACCGGCAAGCCGUCCCUUACACCCACCACCACCACCAAGAGCAGCAGCACCUCUCCACCCACAGAGCAGCAGUUGCAACAACAACAACAGCAGGGUACUCGGCCACAGUCGCCGCCCCCUGGGCGGCAUCCCACGGAGGACGAGGACGAGACCGAUGUGAUUGGCGACUUGAUGGGCCACUAUGGCAAGUGGCAGCUGCUGAUGACGGUGCUGCUGUCGCUCUUCCAAGUGCCCAACACCUUUCACAUAUCCUCGUCGGUGUAUCAGGCGGCCAACAAGGACUUCUGGUGCCAGCGGCCGCCUCAGUACCAGCAGAUGCCCGUCGACGAGUGGCGCAACCUGAGCGGCUCCACCGACAACUGUCAUCGCUGGGAAGGCAUUGGGUGGAGUAGCCCAGGGAAUGAGACAACCUUGCUGGAGCUCGCGGAUGAUGCCGCUGCCGAGGGCAAACUGGUGGCCUGCGAGCGCUGGGAGUACGCGACGCAGGAUAAUGUGGGGAACACCUGGACAUCGCAGUGGGAUCUGGUGUGCGACAAGGAGCACAUGAAGAAUGUCGCCGAGAUGUUCUUCCUGCUGGGCGUGGCAACAGGUGGCAUCAUUUCAGGCUAUCUCUCGGACAAGUUCGGCCGCAAGACAAUGCUCUUCAUAUCGGCCAUCCUGCAGACCAUAUUCGGUCUCUGCUUGUACUUUUGCAGCUCCUUCGAGCUGUAUUUAACGCUGCGCGCCCUGCUCGGGCUGGUGUCCGUUUCGGUGACCUACUCGGCCCUCAUUUUGGCCAUUGAGUAUGUGGAUGGCAAGUGGCGCACCAUUGCCGGCAUGUACAAUCUCUUUCCACUGCCAAUCUCGUACAUGAUCAUCUCCGGCCUGGCCUAUCUCACGCAGGACUAUCAGGCGCUGCAGCUGUGCAUUGGAUUGCCGGGGAUAUUCCUUUGCUUUCUCUGGUUUGUGGUGCCGGAAUCACCACGCUGGCUGCUGGUCAAGGGUCGCGUCGAUGAGGUGCGACGCAUCAUUGAGGCAGCGGCCAAAUUCAAUGGGCGCCAACUGCCGGUGGACUAUCAGCUGACGCCGCCAACACAGGGGAGCAGCUCCCAGAAUAUAACGCACCUUUUCCGCUCCAGCUAUCUGCGGCGCAUCACCAUCUGCUUCCUGUGCAUUUGGUUCACCAUGAACCUGGUCUACUAUGGCAUCAUUCUCAACAUGAGCUCCUUUGGGGGCAAUGUCUACUUGAAUUCGGCACUAGCUGGCCUAGUCGAAAUACCCGCCAUUGCGGUGGCCAUGUACAUCAUCACAAAGGUGGGCAAAAAGUGGCUCUUCUGUGCCACACUCUUUUGUGCUGGCGUGGCCUGCUUCUGUGCCACCAUCACUGAGGGUCGCGAGGAUAUACUCUGGCUGAAGAUCACAUUCCUGAUGAUGGGCAAGUUCACGAUCAGCGCCGGGAACACCAUCAUGCCGGUCUACACCGCCGAACUGUAUCCCACGGCCAUACGGAAUGUCGGAGUUGGCGCCUGCAAUGUGGCCGCUGGAUUGGCACUCAUCCUGACACCCUACAUAUCGCUGCUGAACAAAAUUGAGGGCCAUUUGCUGAUGGCUCUGCUCACCGCCUGGAGCAUUUUCGGUGGCUUUGUGGUGCUCUUUCUGCCCGCGACGGCUGUGCGACGGAAUGCUGCCAAUUCGGGCACGGGCGGUGGGCAUCAUCAGAAUGCUGCCAGUGCUGCCAAGCAGGUGUAAUAAUCGUUGCUGCCUGCCCAGCCACCCUGCUCUGCCCUGCCCCGCCCCCCGCCUACUAAACAACAAUAUAUUUUGGCUGGUCCAAAGUAUGAGCUGAUGAUGAGAUGAAGAAGUAAAGUACAGCCCCCCCUUAGCUUUGCGCACAGAACCGGCUGCAAACGAGUCGACAUAUCCACCGCCUCCAGUCACCUCCAACCUACAACUCCACCAACAACAGAUCUGAUCCAGAUCCACACAGAACCCACAGAAGAAUAGAUGAAUAGUUACAAAUCCAAAUCGAGUUGACACGCAAUUAUUAAUGGUAGUCGAGCAAUCGAAUGUCCACAGUUAUGCCAAUUUAUAGAACUUUAGAAAGAACACAUGUCACAUGUGCAGGCAGGACCUUGUUUUUGCGUAGCACGUAGUGAGUAUCUUAAUAAAUUAAUAAACAAAUACAACUAAACUAAAUCGUAAAUGUAACACAAUGGCUUAUAGCUUAUGUCUCUAGUCUGUAAGUAUUCGGAACAAAAAGAUAACACACAAAAAUCACAAACAGCAGCAGCAGAAAUAUCCUUCAAAAUCUGUACAAGAUUCAGUUCUUGCGAAAGCUCAAAUAGCAGCUUCGGUUUAAAUCGAAGGUAAUGAAAUGUUACACAAAGUUUGGCGAGUGCUUAAGGAGUACAAAAUGUGCAGAAAUUCCUCAGUGAAAGAAUUUCCCGAUAGCGUACAGCACUGGACUCUCCUCUUUCCUGCAAUUCUGUGUAACUUUUCAAUCUCUUUUGAGUAAGUCCCCAUAGAAUAUCCUGUUGAAUUAAUGCAUGUAUUGACGUGCAAGUAUUGCUAAUCUAAUUACAAACAACACACAGAAAUUAAAUGUCUUGUCAAUAAUGUCUCAACGUACACAUAAUCUUGUCGUCGUUGUUGUCAUCAUCUUCGUUGUCGUUAUCGUCGUCGUCUUCUUGUUGUCUAUUAAUAAAAAUGUUUCCAAAACGCGAGAUCAAUUAGUGAAGAGGCUAAAUAAAUCUUCGAGAAUCAAAGAAAAAAUCAGAAAAUUGUAAUCUCUAGUAAUCGUAGUCAAUUAACGCUUAGUCCUAUACGUACAUAAUAUCCGUGCUAUGCCAUACUAUAAAUAUGCAGAUCUAUCGUCACUAGAUAUCGGUCAAUUAUAUGGAUUUGUAUAUAGUACAGGUACAGGUACAGGUACAGGUACAGGUACAGGUACAGCUACAGAUAGAGGUACAGCUACAGGAGGUACAGUGUGUCGCAUGGCAAAUGUACCCCCGGGAGGAGAAGUGUUAUUGUUUAAAAAUAAACAGAAAAACAUAAAAACAGAAUUUCCAAUAUUAAAUGCAUUUAACAAUUAAUAUACAUAACUACAUAUAUUUGUACAUACGUACAGAUGUAUAUUCUAUAGGUACAUCUAGAAAAAAUGAAUCUGUUGAAUCGCUUGUUGUACUUAUAUCUUGUAUCUUAAUGAAUUUGUUAUGCUCAUUUAUACAUUUACUCGUACUGUACUCUAUUUUGUAUUAUUUUACAUAGUUUAUGCUUACUUUUUUUGUUGUCUACUGUACUUAGGACUUAAGAUCCAGAAAUCCAGCUGAGAAUAAAUGGAGAAUACCCGCGAGAAUCAAUUAAUUGUGCAUUUUUAGGGUGCCAGCAAAAGAGUUUG